UAGCGCACAAAUUGCCUAUCAAAUUACGUUCCUCGGCUAUGAUCCUUUACAGAGCGCGUUCUAUCUGACGCCACUUAAAACGUAGGCCUAUAAUAUGAAUUACUUUAUUCGAGCGAUGUUUAUUGACAUGAUGCAAACUAUUUCUAUUAGGUUGUGAUUCAUUUGGAAUAAGACACGUCGAGGGAUACAUUGAAAAGCAGUAUGACACUUGUGAUCACUUCCUGGCUCAGUCUCAGCCCCAUUGGAGUUUCAUGCUAAAUCGUGCAACAGUGAAGAACUUGAGAGGAGAGCACCAGACAGGACAACGGAUACGAUAACAGAAGGUUGGACUGCUUCUCUGACCACCAACUGUGGGACUUCUAAGAGGCUUUAAGGUGAAGUGGUCUCAGUGUUUGGAGAGCUCAGCCCUAGUCCCAGGCAGUGAGUUAAGCCCUACAGGGUCAGGCCACCGCUACCAGCCUGCAGCUAUGGACCUUGAGGAGAGUGGUCCUCCCUCCUCCUCAGUGACCUCGCUGCUCUUCUCACGAUGCUGAACGAUUCUGCGUCUGUCAUCUACAUUGUGCUGGAACUGCUGAUCGCCAUACUAUCCGUGCUGGGCAAUGUGCUGGUCUGCUGGGCCGUCUGCCUCAACAGCAACCUGCAGAACAUCACCAACUUCUUUGUGGUGUCCCUGGCGRUGGCAGACAUUGCUGUGGGAGUGCUGGGUAUCCCCUUCGCCAUCGUCAUCAGCACAGGCUUCUGCUCCAACUUCUAUGGCUGCCUCUUCAUUGCUUGCUUUGUGCUGGUGCUCACCCAGAGCUCCAUCUUCAGCCUGCUGGCCAUCGCCAUAGACCGCUACAUCGCUAUCACGAUACCUCUCAGGUACAAUAGCCUGGUGACGGGCCAGCGUGCCAAGGGGAUCAUUGCUGUCUGCUGGGUGCUGUCCAUCAUCAUCGGCCUGACUCCAAUGUUGGGCUGGAAUAAGUCCACUGAGCGCCCCAACAGCACCUGCUCCCCAGGCCUGAUGGAGUGUCUGUUUGAAGAGGUGGUUGUCAUGGACUACAUGGUCUACUUUAACUUCUUCGCCUGUGUGCUGAUGCCUCUGCUGCUCAUGCUGGUCAUCUACCUGCGGAUCUUCAUGGCAGCUCGGCAUCAGCUGAAGCUCAUAGAACUGAAGGCUGUCCACGGGGGGAAGUCCCACUCCACCCUGCAGAAGGAGGUCCAGGCGGCCAAGUCGCUGGCCAUCAUCGUGGGCCUGUUUGCCAUCUGCUGGCUUCCACUGCACAUCAUCAACUGCUUCACCCUGUUCUGCCCUCAGUGUGCCCGCCCACCCCUCUGGAUCAUAUACGUGGCCAUCAUCCUCUCCCACGGCAACUCGGUGGUCAACCCCUUCAUCUAUGCAUACCGCAUCCGGGAGUUCCGUCACACCUUCAGGAGGAUCAUCCGCCGCCACUUCCUGGGCCUCCACCGCCGGCAGCUGUUUGAGAGUGGUGGCAGCACUCGCACCUCCACCCACAACAGCGUCUGUGGCUCAGUGAGGGUUAAAGCCAACUGCCUCAGCUUCGACCUCCACACCGAGCACAACACCUGUAGCUGUGAGAGCCAUGUCACACCUGCAGGGGCCGUUCUGACCUCAGCGCCCAUUCACAACCACCCUCUUGCCGUGAUUAGUUUCCACAAUCACAAUGUGAACCCCCCUCUGCCACAGCCUCUCAUACAGACACAGACACAACCCUUAUGUCAUCCCCUGCAGUAUGGGGACCACCAGCAGUCUCCUAAUGGACCGGAGAUGGAAGAGGUAAAGGACAGGCAGGAUCUCUCCCCUGUCCAGGUCAAAUCACUGUUCUAUAAACAUAAAACCUGCUUCACCAAGCUUUCUGGGGUGUCCUGAUGGAUACAGAAUUGGCGCCAGACAGCUACUAAGGAUCCCUUAACACCUGGCCUUUUGUGUGAAAUUACUCAGAUGCUCUUAUUUUUUGGGAGUCAGCUCUGAGUGUAAUGGUAGAUUACUGGGUAGGCA